CCGCAGAAGACCACAUUGACCAGAAUGCACUGCUGUCUCGGAACAACUGUGAUUGGCUGAGGGAAACUCCUUUCAGGAAGUAGUGCGUCGAAUUACAUUUGCCGACCGAAAAUCCUCAUGACAAUCUGCUGUUGAGACUCCCACUUUGCACUCAUGGCUGGAAAAAGAGUAGUGGUCUUCCCCUCUUCAGCAGAGCUUGGUCCAGCUCUGGCCCAGCUGGUGACAUCAAGGGCUGAGAAGGCCAUCGGCUCUCGUGGCAGGUUCACCCUGGGCCUGUCUGGAGGAAGCCUGGUGUCCAUGCUCAGCAAAGAGCUGCUGGCCCUGCCACAGCUGGACUGCAGCAAGUGGGUGGCUGGUUUCUGUGAUGAGCGGCUGGUGUCCUUUGAUGAUCCAGAGAGCACCUAUGGGCUGUACAAGAGUCACUUAUUUUCCAAGGUCAACAUCCCUGAGGGAAGCAUCUUGGCCAUCGACUCCUCUCUGCUAGUGAAUGACUGUGCGGAGGAUUACACCCGCAAACUAAAAGAGGCGUUCCCCGACGACAGCGUGCCCGUGUUUGACCUGCUGCUGUUAGGUAUGGGGCCCGAUGGACACACCUGUUCCCUGUUCCCAGGUCACCCGCUUCUUGAGGAGACCACAAAGAUCGUGGCCCCGAUCAGUGACUCUCCCAAACCACCGCCACAGCGUGUAACCAUGACCUUUCCAGUGGUGAACUCUGCGCGCUGUGUGGCUUUUGUAUCGACAGGAGGAAGCAAAGCACCAGUUUUGAAGGAUGUGCUGGAGGGAGGAGAGGGUCCCGUGCUUCCAGCGGCCCGUGUUGUCCCAACCAGCGGCGAGCUGUUCUGGCUUGUUGAUGACCCUGCAGCUGCUUCCUUAACUAUCCAGGUGGAGAGGCUCAGCUCAGGGGCCAAACUGUAGAGCUUUGGCCUAGCAAAGACAGGAAGUCACCACUGUGUGAAAACCUGGAUUCAAGGGACCUGAAAAUAGUGAAUGACAUUCCCACGAAGGAGAGAGGGUUAUGAUACACAAAUGAACAAAUUAAUUUAAAACCUUUGUAAUGUUGCACUGUUUGGCUCUCUAACGCCUCAGGGUGUGUUUUUUUUUCAAAGGUACCUUAAUUCAGGUUGGUCUUGGCCUCUGCUCAAAAUGUGUGUUGCUAGAGUUUGACACUAGAAGUUAGUGAUUCAACUCAACUGUGAUGUGGAAACAUUCACUUCUUCCUUUAACAUACACUAAAAAUAAAGUUUUAAGUGAAGUCGCACCAAGGAAUUAACUUUGUAUAAAAGAAAAAAAUAUAUACAUCAAUGCAGAAUAUUUUGUCUGUUCACAAUAGUCUUUUACCUGACCAGGUUACAAUCCCGAUUUACGGUGCUGAAUAGUGGCAGGCUAUAGGCUCACGUGCUAAAAUAAAAUCUGUAAUAAAACCUUUCAUUUGACUUCAUUAAAGUUCCUUAUCAAAGCACCUACUUAAA